CCUAGUGUCUGCUUCCAGCGCCCAGGGUUUCGCUCAGAUUUCACAUCUAGGGUCUAUUUUUCUCCGCCGAUCCAUGGCUCCCAAAGGUGAUGUUUCAAAGAAGACUGACCCAAAGGCACAGGCCUUGAAAGCUGCUAAAGCAGUUAAGUCAGGCACUGCCAUUAAGAAGAAGGCAAAAAAGAUCCGAACAUCUGUUACAUUCCAUAGGCCAAAGACUUUGACAAAGGAGAGGAACCCAAAAUACCCUCGUAUUAGUGCUACACCAAGGAAUAAGCUUGAUCACUAUCAGAUUCUGAAAUUUCCUCUCACUACUGAGUCCGCAAUGAAGAAGAUUGAAGACAAUAACACAUUGGUUUUCAUUGUUGACUUGCGAGCUGACAAAAAGAAAAUCAAGGACGCAGUGAAGAAAAUGUAUGACAUCCAAGCCAAGAAAGUUAACACCUUGAUCAGGCCUGAUGGCACCAAGAAGGCAUAUGUGAGGUUGACACCUGAUUAUGAUGCUUUGGAUGUAGCAAACAAGAUUGGAAUUAUUUAAGGUAAUGUCUGCUGGCUUCACCAAAGACAGUUUUUAUUUAGAUGGUAGUCUUUUUGUGGUACUUUUUGAAGUAAUGUUAAGUUCUGGAUUUCACGUUGUUAUUUGGUGUAUUUUAGUUCAAUCGCAAUUAAAUUUGCUUGUUUACAAAUUUCAAAUUUAAUGAGUAAAUUAGUGCAUUGUUACAUUUUGCUUGUUUUCGAUUAUAAAUUUCACUUUUUACGAGUAAA